AUGCAAGGCUGCUGCAGUGGCAGCAACAUCAAGGAGAAAGUUCUUCUCAAGAUGAUCGAAUCGCGGUGGGCGGGCGACUUCAAGAUCAUCGACUGCUGCGGGGUGCGCGUGCCGCUCAAGUGCGCUUCGAUCGACCGGAUCGACUCGACCAAGGGCUACACGGCCAGCAACAUCCGUCUCAUGGCACUCGGCCUCAACAUGCUCAAGAAGUCGUCGGACGACCUCGAGGUGUACGAGUACCUCUCGUACCUGCGCAACCGCGAGGGCAUCAUCAGGCCCGUGUAG